CAAAGCGUAAGUAUGUAUGCGUGUUUUUAGUGUUAGAAUCUAGUCCGUCUUAAACUCAAAAACAUACUAUCCGCUCCUCAUAAUGGGAUGAAAUUCUCUUCUAUUUUCAAUUCCAAGACAACUGAGAAGCCUGAUAGCUCUUAGCAGAUCAAAGCUCAAGCGAUAUAUUUAUAAUUUGAGCGGCGGAAAAUCCCUAGAUUAAGAUACCCGAUGAAUUUGACAACAAUUGCAUUAAAAAAAUAAAUUUUCUAUGGUUUUAUCCUUAUGACAAAAACCUCUAAAAGAGAAGUCAAUGUUGAAAUUCGCAUCAAAUUUACCUAUAAAUUGAUUUUUCCACCACAAUAACCAAGUCCAGGUCACUAUUUGCACGCCUCUAAGCAUCUCACCUGACAGGUACAACAGUCAACUGAAACAUGCUUGACUUAAACCAAAGUUUAAUUUCAUGCUAGCGUAGACUUAAAUAUUUCCCUAUUCAGAACGGCUGACUCGCUUAAAAGUCGGAACACUUGCUUGGCGGAAUCCCGAUCUGAAUCUAACCAAAACGUUAUUUCUGACUUUUGAUAAAUUGUAAGUGGAACCAAUAGCUAGGGGGUGGUACUUAAAUGAAUAAUAAUGAGCAGUGGGUAGAGCUUUUAUCUGAUUCGAAUGGUUGACGCCAUGUCUCUAUGAAGGCGUUACGAGGAUUACUAAUUAUAUGAUUCUUAAAUAUGGCACGUUCCCGUACCUCAAAUGUACAGAGCAUAGUGUCUCUAUAUUGGCUGUGUUGGCGACUGCUGCCAUCCAAUAUGUUUAGGGGUCGAGUCCUGGCCAUGGAAUAGUUUUUCUAAACGUGUUUCUAUUUCUUCAAUCAUUUUUAAUGGGAGAGUUGGAUCAUUUAAUCAUGCCGCUCCUUUUAUUCACAACCAACAUCUAGAACUUAUGAAUUUACUGGAGUAGAGAGAAAACCGUCGUUAUUUUAAGUACAUUAAAGGGAUAAUAAAGAAAUAAAGUAAAAAGCAUAUACAAUUUAUUUGUUCGGUCGAGUAUUUCAUUCCAUAUUUUAACAGAUAUAUUAAUACUCGUAAAUUAUAUGGAAACGUAGAUAUAAUGCGUCGUACAUCAAGUGUUUGCCGCGUGAGUAAUCCCACAGCUUUACAAGCAGCCAACACAUCAACACUCGCAAAGAGGUCAACAAGUAACCAACCAGAACUGAAAACCGCACAAAUCAACAAUAUACAUUCUGCUGAAAGCGCUGACAUACCACGACGUGAAUCGCUACACAAGCCAACAUGGCAAUAUAAAAUACCUGGGCAGCACCCAUCUAAUGCAGAGGCAACAGCCAGUUCAAAUGCGCCCACCCAAGUGACAGUCAAUUCUGAUUCAGAUGAUGACGAUGAUGAAUAUUUACGACGACCAAGUAUUGUUAAACAUCAUCACUACUACCAAGAGAAGGAAGUACAACAACAGCUACAAUUACCAACAAAACCACUGCAGCAAUUGCGACGAGCUAGCUUGCAUAGCGGAGUUUGUUUCAAGGGCAACACAAAAAUUACUCGGCAUCACACAAUCGCCAGCGCAGAUUUAAAGGUCGCGACCGACAAUGGUUUACCACUGCGACGCAAAGGUAGUUUGGCACAUACCCCGCGCACAUUUGGAGUAAUGAUACAAAAUUCUUCGCAUCAUUCAACGACAUUCAACACUAGCGAUGAUCACCUUUCAACCGCAGACUUCUCUCCGACAGGAUCAAUGGGUGGUGUAGCGUUGUGUAGACGGGCAGGCCAUGCUCUGAUGCGUAUGGUUUCGUUGGGUACAAGGACGGAUGUGCUUGUUGCGCAUUCCAACAAUGGGAGGACUAGUGCUGAUGGCGAGGAGGCGUACGACAUGAUGGGAAAGGUCAUUAUGUUGGGCGAUUCAGGUGUUGGGAAAACUUGUAUACUGAUUCGUUUUUAUGAUGGAAAAUAUAUGCCUCACUACUAUAUAACCACAGUAGGCAUUGAUUUUCGGAAUAAAAUUGUUGUUGUGGAUGGUACGCGCGUCAAAUUGCAAAUUUGGGACACAGCUGGGCAGGAGCGUUUUCGCAGCGUCACUCACGCAUAUUAUCGAGAUGCACAUGCACUUCUUCUCUUGUAUGACGUCACCAACAAAACAACUUACGAUAACAUCCGCGCUUGGCUGGGAGAGAUAAGAGAAUAUGCACAGGAUGAUGUUGUAAUAGUGCUUAUUGGUAACAAAGCAGACUGCAGCAAUAGUGAACGGCAAGUAAAACGUGAAGAUGGAGAACGUCUCGCACGAGAGCACAACGUCCCAUUUAUGGAAACAUCAGCAAAAACGGGAUUGAAUGUGGAAUUAGCUUUCUCCGCCGUCGCUAGGCAACUGAAAUGUCGUGGCACUAUCAAUGGCGAUGAUGGAAAAUUCAAUGUCCACGAUUUCGUGCGCGAUAAUACAAAAGCACGCACAAUGUGCGCACAAUGCAAAUCGAUGUAGGCAUAUACACACAAAAAA